GAUCUAUGAUUCCGCCAACAGUACUGUACUGUAGGAAUUCGGCACCCGGAAUUCUUUUCCAGCAAGAAGCACCGAGUAUUGUUUCUUGAAUGAGAAAGUGAAAAUCGCUGCGAAUGCAGUUCAUUUCGCGUAACUUGUACCUUUUUUACAGGGAAACUGCACAUGCUACAUGCAAGAGUAUCUUAAUUAAACAGUUUGUUCGAGGAUUUACUGUCACCACUAGGUUAACUUCCAGCAAGUGGGAUUACAAUACUUGGGGUACCAAGAAACAGAACCGUAAAGUAAAGAUACAAAUUUUACCCGAUAUGUCGGAUCCAAAGAUCGAGGAGAUCUUAACUCCUCUUCGAGAAAGUGUUAAGGAACAAGGUGACUAUGUAAGAAAACUCAAAUCAGAUGGAGCUCCAGAAUUGGACAUUAAAAAAGCAGUUGCAGAACUUAAAGUUCGUAAGAAAUUGUUGGAAGACAAAGAGUUAUCCCUUUCAGAAACAACAAUAUUUGAUAAAGCAAGAAUGGAAGAUCUUUUAAAGCGUAGAUUUUUCUAUGACCAAUCUUUUGCAAUUUAUGGAGGAAUUACCGGUCAAUUUGAUUUUGGACCAAUGGGUUGUGCACUGAAAACAAAUUUAUUAAAUGUUUGGAGGAGUUUCUUUGUAUUGGAGGAGCAAAUGCUAGAAGUUGACUGUUCCAUUUUAACACCAGAACCUGUACUUAAAGCAUCUGGACAUGUUGAAAGAUUUGCAGAUUUAAUGGUUAAAGAUACAAAAAGUGGAGAAUGUUAUAGACUAGAUCACUUAAUUAAAUCACAUCUAGAAAAAGUUAUUAGUGAUAAAAAAACUAGUGAAGAUACACGUGCAGAAUGCAAAGAUAUUAUUAUUAAAUUAGAUGGAAUGACUAAAGAUGAAAUGGCUGCAGUUUUAUCUAAAUUUAAUAUAAAGUCCCCACUCUCUGGGAAUGAUCUAACAGAGCCAAUAGAGUUUAACUUAAUGUUUGCAACUCAAAUUGGCCCUUCUGGUCUUGUAAAAGGAUUUUUAAGGCCAGAAACUGCUCAGGGUAUCUUUGUAAAUUUUAAGAGAUUACUUGCAUUUAAUCAAGAAAGAUUACCAUUUGCUGCAGCUCAGAUUGGAAAUGCAUUUCGUAAUGAAAUCUCUCCACGAUCUGGUCUAAUUAGAGUGAGAGAAUUCACUAUGGCAGAAAUAGAACAUUUUUGUGAUCCUAGUGACAAAAGCCACCCCAAGUUUGAAACAGUUAAAAACUUAACUUUGCUUUUAUAUUCUGCAUGCAAUCAAAUGGAUGGAAAGAGUGCACAGCAUGUAAUUUUAGGUGAUGCAGUAUCAACAAAGCUUAUAGCCAAUGAAACAUUAGGAUAUUUUAUGGGUAGAAUUUACCAAUUUUUAAUUAAAGUUGGAAUUGACCCGAAAAAGUUACGUUUCCGCCAACACAUGGGAAAUGAAAUGGCUCAUUAUGCAUGUGAUUGUUGGGAUGCAGAGUGUCUAACUUCUUAUGGCUGGAUUGAAUGUGUUGGUUGUGCAGAUCGUUCUGCUUACGAUCUUACUCAACAUACAAAAGCCACUGGUGUAAAAUUAGUAGCAGAGAAAAAAUUGUCAGCACCAAAAAAUGUUGGUGUAUGCGAAAUAGUACCAAAUAAAGUUUUAAUUGGAAAAACAUUCAAGAAAGAUAGUAAAUUAGUACAGGAUGCAUUAGCAGAAUUAAAUGAGAGUAGUAUUAAUUCUAUGGAAACUGAACUUAAUGAGAAUGGGGAAUGUAAUUUAAAACUUGCUAAUGAUGCAGAGGUAAAAAUUACAAAAGAUAUGAUUCAAGUAAAACGAUAUCAGAAAACUGUACAUGUAGAAGAAAUUAUACCUUCUGUGAUUGAACCAUCAUUUGGUAUUGGUCGGAUUAUGUAUGCCAUCUUUGAACAUAACUUCAGAACAAGGGAAGGAGAUGAAAAACGAACUUAUCUUAGCUUACCACCCGUUGUGGCUCCUUUGAAAUGUUCAGUGUUACCACUUAGUAGUAACGAUGAUUUUAUGCCAUUUGUAAAACAAUUAUCUCAGAAUCUCACCAAAGUAGAUGUUUCGCACAAAGUAGACGAUUCUUCAGGCAGUAUUGGACGCAGAUAUGCGCGAACGGACGAAAUUGCAAUACCAUUUGGUAUUACUAUAGAUUUUGAUACACUGAAAAUGCCUCAUACCGCUACGCUUCGAGAACGAGACAGUAUGGGCCAAGUUAGAAUAAAUUUGGACGAACUUCCAAAUGUUGUAAGGGAUUUAGCUAAUGGAAAACUUACAUGGUUGGAAGUUGAAGCGAAGUACCCCAAAUUUGAACAACAAGAAUCAUAGUAAUAUAUUUAAGAAAUUUACAAAAUAAUUUAUUUGUAAUAUAAAAAUGUGAAUGAAUUGCUAUAAUAGCAAUGUUUAUUUUGCAUUUAUAUAAUACGAAUUUUCUAAGCAUUUACUUUUUUAAAUAUUUGUCGAAACUAAUGUUAAGACAAAUAAAAUUGUCACGUUUACAGUU